GUUCCCGUUGCCCCCUUCUGUUUUCUUUUGUUCUUCUGGUUCCCCUUCCUUCCUCUCCUAGGGUUAGAGUUUUUGGAUGGAGAAUUGAACCUUGGAUCCAUGGGAAAGGAGGCCCUUCCCUCCUCUUGACCUCGGAGCGAUCGAUUUUGAUUCAAUUCGCUGGCUCGUUUUGGAUUUGUUUGGUCCCUUUCUCUGUUCUUGUGCAUGCAGCACUGGGCAAGCAGCGCCAGGCUCACGGUGCUUGUGCGCGCGGCAUCCCAGCAGCAGGCGGAGGCGCUGGUGGGGAGCAGAGAGGUGGUGGGGAGCAGAGCGCGCAAGCCCAGGCAAGCAGCAGCAAAAGCAGCGGGCCAGGCCAGAAGGCAGCGCACGGAGGCACAGCAGCUCUGCAGGAGUUAGGCGUGCGUGGGAAAUUCAAGCAUAAAGUUUUUUUUUGGUUCUUUGCUGUGUGCGCUGGUUGUUUGAUUCUUGUGCAAGGAAAUGAAUCGAGUGCGUGUGUGGGAAAUCCCGGCUCUGAUCGUGUUCGUUCUUCAUCAGCACAACUCUGCCCGUAAGGUAUUCGAUGAAUUGCUUCACCAGUCUUUUCUUUUUCUGUUGAUUUUACUAGAAUUUUUUUUGUCCCUUUUAAGUAGCAAAUCAUGUUUUAGAGCUGCCUUCUAGUGUUAGUCGCUUAGCACUUUGUCUAGAUUUAUUUUCCUGCUCUAGGUUUAAUUAAUUUUCUGCUUAAUUAAAACCUGAAAAAGCAAAACAAAUUUUAGUUUAGUUGUUCCUGUGUUAGCUAGAUUUCUACCAGUAUUUCUAGUUAUUGUUUUAUCUAUUCUCUAACCCCUUUGUUCGAGUUUCUGAGAUAUUUUGGCUUUCCGAACGCUUUGCUCUGAUCUUCGUUUGCGUGGUUGAACUUGUGAGAUUUUGUUCGAACUUUUCUCGAUCGAGCUUCCGUUGUGUGUCAAGAGUAUUCCUAGUGCCGAUAGUCGUUCUGAGCUAUGCGGUACUGAUACUCUUCAUCCGAGGUGCAUUGGGUGUAAUCGGGUCUUUUCUCUUCGGUUUUUCAAAUCGAAUUUGAGGCUCACAUUCACCCCCCUCUGGUCGCUUUUUUGUCCUUCACAAUCUCAUCAGAGCAGUAGAGAUAUCGGAGGUACUCGAUCGAUCUGCCUCCGAUCCCUGCUGGCCUUCCUUUAUUUCGUUGGUCUAGCUUAGACGACCCAUCGAAGAAUAUAAUUAAGGUGUGUACCUUUGGUUCCUCCGAUCCGAUCCUUUUCUGCGUCUGCUUCCAUUGUAUUUCUUGAUGAUAACGACGAUCGAUCCUGCAGCAAAUUAUACUCGAUCAUCAACGCUAGAGGCAGGUUAAUUAAUUGAUUGUAUGUAUUUUCUAACAAUCUUGUGCACGCAUGCCUGCAUGGGUGGCAGGGAGUUCAUGAUGACGAGCAAGAGAUAUGUCUCUGAUUAAUUAGCAGAUUGAUCGACCGAUCAUGGGUUAGCUUGACAGCAGCCAGUUGCGCGCCUUACUUCUCUGUUAACUGUUGUCGGUGUUCUACAGUGUUGGAAUUAUUUCAUCAUGGUUCGCAAAGUGGUCUUCUGGAGUAGCUACAUUGAUGGCGUCAUAAAGGAGGUACUUGAUCUUGUUCAAAUGAACACCAACGAGUACAUCUUCUAUUUUGAUGGUUGGAGAGGUUAUGGCAAGACUGCAUUCCUCAGUUACAUGGCACGAAUGCUCCCAUCCAUGAAAGGUCCUCCUCCAGGAUGUCGCUUUGGCAGAAUAAUUUAUCUAGAUUGCUCAAUGUGGGAAAGUAAAAGGGCGAUGCAGAGAAAACUUGCUGAGGAGCUAAAACUGGACCGUAAGACCAUGGCCAUGUUUGAGGAGCAGGACGAGGAGGAUGACUUUUAUGGAGUGGACCGUGCCUCUAGGGAUGUGAUACGAAAUGUGGCAGCAGUGAUUGACCAAACUCUGAGAGGGAGUAGAUUUAUGGUCAUCUUUAUUAACGGGAGUGAUGACGAAAUUGAUGAUGAUAGGUAUCGGCAGGCUGAUGGUAUUAUUUCUUAUUUGUCUGAACAAACAGGGACCCCAUAUCUAAUUGUCCAAGAUGAUGAUGAGUUACUACUUGAUGCAUAUGAAAAGAGACCUGCUUACCGUUGGAUUGCUAUCAAAUUGAAGAAUAAUAUCACCUCAAAGAAUAAGAAGGUACAAGAAGAUCUGCAGACGACACUGGCAGGGGCAUCAUCAAUCAUCCUAGGAUCUGGAUGCUCUGAUGAAAGCCCACAUGUAUCAUUACCAAAUGACUUGUUUAAACAGUGCAUCAAUAACCUUUGCAUGUUGAUCCUAUCCCGUUGCUCUUUCAUCUUCGCAUCACCCCCUUUCUCCCAGUGCCGCACAUUGAGAUACCUUGGGUUGGACCACUGCACAGAUGAUGGUACCGGCACCGCUAGUAGUCAACUUGAAGGAGAGGACAGCUGUAUCACCAAAUGGGCCUGUUUGUAUAGCCUGUUGGUGCUUGACCUAUAUUACACAGAAUGGGGUGAGAUCUUAUCCAAGGAGAAGAUAGAGCUUAUGGCUAACCUUGCAGAGCUAAAUAUAGAGGGAGUUUGGUGCAGGCAGUGGAUAAGUAGUCAACUAGAGAAGAGAUUACCUUACCUUCAAAGGCUCCGAAUAAUCAAGCCACCGGUGCGUCAGGCACAGACGACAUCACCAACAGACAUCAUCAGCAACUCAUUGAUAGACAAGACAAAGCUGGAAGUACUUGACUUGUCUGGUAACAUUAUUGACAUGGAAAACCUACCGACAAGCCUAUCAAAAGCAAGCAAUUUACAGGAGCUUAUUCUUGAUGGUUGUGUUGGGCUAGAAAAUGUUGUGGUGGCUAACUCCUCUCUCAAGUCAUUCAGUUUUGACUGCUCCAAACAUAUAGAUGAUGCAGAUAAGAAAUAUGUGAAAACCUCCAAGAUAUCCCUAGAAGGAUGUACACAGUUGGAGAAACUGAUCUUGUGUGGGCUACCCAAUCUUGUGGAGCUACACCUUUCAGGGUGUCCAAUCAAGAUACUUGUAACACCCGAGUGUUAAACUUGGGAUUUAAUUAGCUAGUUUGUGACUUAAGACGUUCAGCUGCGAA